AUGCGAGUCGGUUCAACCGUCCGAAGUCGUACCAAGGCGAGGGUCGUUCGCCGACUGAUUCUGAUUCCUGUGGCUAUGGUAGCUCUGUUGGGCGCAGCAAGUAUGAUGAGGGAUCGAAGGAGUCCAGAGAGAGAUCCAGAAAUGAUUAUGCCGGGAAUGACGCCUGGAAAUGUGUCAAAACCUUUUUGGAAAGCGUUCAUACCAACUUGUAACAGGACACUCACCCCACCAGCUCCAGAAGUCAAUGAUGAUGGACAGUUCCCACCAGAUCCAUUUUCUCUGGAACAGCGGCAAAAUGGAUUUGUGAUUCUCCAUAUGUGCGGUUUGAUCUACAUGUUCGUUUCCCUUGCAAUCGUCUGUGACGAGUUCUUCGUUCCUUCUCUAGAUGUUCUUACCGAGAAACUUCAGUUAUCUGAUGACGUGGCAGGUGCCACAUUCAUGGCAGCCGGAGGAUCCGCUCCUGAAUUUUUUACAUCGGUCAUUGGAGUGUUCAUUGCUCAGAAUAAUGUUGGAAUCGGAACUAUCGUUGGAUCUGCUACAUUCAACAUUCUCUGCGUCUUGGCAUUCUGUACUCUCUUCUCGAAAACAAUUCUGGAUCUUACCUGGUGGCCAUUGUUCCGUGAUGUUUCUAUCUACAUGUUGGCUCUUGCGAUGCUUGUAUUCUUCUUCAUGGAUGAAAUUUUAUAUUCACUGUUUCUUCUUCAGAUUACCUUCCCAGAAGCUUUGGCCAUGUUCACUAUCUACAUUCUCUACUGUACGGUUAUGAAAUUCAACGUUCAAUUGGAAGGACUCGUCAAAGGAGGCUCCGAUUCAGAGGAGGCAUCAGCUCACGAGACACAGAAACUGGCAGCUGACGUCCCACACAACAAUAAUAAUAAUGAUGUGACUCAACUCGAAGGGAACGACCUUCGUCGUAGAUCGUCAGCCCGUCGUCAAUCAGUUCCAAUUCUUCAUUCUGGAACAAUGUUCAGAAAUGGAAUUAUGCAAUUGAUGAAUCACACACUGGAACAACUACCAGAAGAUUCGGAGGAAGACGACAGCUCAAGAAGUCGGAGCAAUGUAAACGUGGAGUCUCAUGACAUGCAUCGCCUGAAUGUCAAUCAAAGCGUUCCGGAUAGACGUUCGUCACAGAUUGAAGAGAUUAAGUCCCUUCUGGAAGAGGAAGAAGAAAAACCACUUGAUAUGACAUGGCCGGAAACCUGGAUGAAACGGUUAACCUAUGUUUUGUUGGCUCCAGUGGUUGUCCCGAUGUGGGUCACCAUUCCAGAUGUCCGAAGACCACACAACCGUCAAUGGUAUCCUGCUACAUUCAUCAUCUCGAUUCUCUGGAUUGCAUUCUUCUCGUAUUUGAUGGUUUGGUGGGCAAACACCAUUGGAGAAACAUUUGUGAUCCCUACUGAAAUUAUUGGAUUGACUAUUUUGGCAGCUGGAACCAGUAUUCCAGAUUUAAUAACAAGCGUUAUCGUUGCUCGUAAAGGACUCGGAGACAUGGCAGUUUCCAGUUCCGUCGGAUCCAAUAUUUUUGAUGUUUGUGUUGGUCUUCCAGUCCCUUGGCUUCUUUACUUUUUGAUGGAAUACAUCCGUAAUCCAGGAGAACCUCUUACCCCGAUUUCUGUCAGUUCGAAAGGUCUUCUCUGCUCCGUUGGAAUGCUUUUCAUCAUGCUCAUCGUUCUGGUCUUUGCCAUUUUCCUAUCUGGAUGGAAGAUGAAUAAGAUAUUCGGAAUUCUGAUGAUCGUCUCUUACAUCUUCUUCUGCGUGUUUUCAGUUGGCCUAGAAACUGAUAAAUUGGUUUGCCCGUUAAAUAUUUGCGGAUAG